AUUUUUAAGUUCAUUAAACAAACUCAAAUAAUAAGACUAUUCUUUAAGAGUUUGAUUACAAUACUAUUUUAUAGAAAUGUCUGUUUCUUUGCAUACUGAUGUAGGAGACAUUAAAAUUGAGCUAUUCUGCGAACAAUGUCCAAAGGCUUGCGAAAAUUUCUUAGCACUCUGUGCUAGUGAUUAUUACAAUGGUUGUUUGUUUCACAGAAACAUUAAGGGUUUUAUAGUACAGACAGGGGAUCCAACUGGAACUGGAAAAGGAGGCACGUCUAUUUGGGGCAAAAAAUUUGAUGAUGAGUUCAAAGAAGAAUUAAAGCAUAAUGCCAGAGGUAUGGUCAGCAUGGCUAAUAAUGGUCCUAACACCAAUGGUAGUCAGUUUUUCUUCACAUAUGGGGAACAACCACAUUUGGAUCUCAAAUAUACAUUAUUUGGAAGGGUCAUAGACGGUUUUGAAGCUCUCGAUGAUUUGGAAAAAAUGGUGGUCAAUCCAAAAACAUAUCGACUCGUGACAGAGGCUAGAAUAACUUCUGUAACUAUACAUGCCAAUCCAUUAGCUGGUUAAUUUGAAUAAAGUAAUUAUAUACAACA